AUGUCGCGAUCUCGAGUUCUACACUCGGGUGCCUCGCCCGGUGCCUCUGAAGGCAGCGGUGUAGCUAAAACGUUCGGCGUUCAUGACCAGCAUGCAUUUGAUCUUCUAUAUCAGCUCCACACGAGCGGUCUCAAACUUUGUGUUGAGUGGCGAAACGCGCCACCUCAGGAAUUGCGUACGAAUUCUUCUCUCCUUCAGUCCAGUUCUGAGUCUUCCGACCCUCAGUCCUCUUCUCAAUCACCACCUUUCUCUUCUUUCCCGUCAUCCGACACUACGAGUACUCCGUGCACUUCAGGACCGAAGGCAGAUAACGCACCAACAGCCCAAAUCGUAUCGUCGCCUCACCCCCAGUAUGCUGCAAUGUCGAAACGCUCUUCAGGCGGAGACGACGAAGGACAAGAGGGAUUCGAGGCACUUGAUGCAGUGCUGUGCAUCCCGUUGAAAAAUGGUUCAGAGGCAGCUCGAUUGCUUGUGAGGCGAUCUGACAACGGUAGCCUGUCUGAGCCGUUUAGUUCAACCAUCGAAUUUACACUUAAUCGACAGAGUGUCAUAUUCCUUCCCUCCCACCAGUCACAUAAGAAUGAUCCAUCCCCCUGUUUAGAAGACCCCAGUCAGGAAUGCAUCGUGCCGUCACAAGAACAAGACGUAAUAACACGCGUCGAACAAGCAAAAAGGACUCUAUCGCCGAUACCGGUAUCUACCCACGGAUGUGAGAAGGGCGUUGACAAUUCAACGCAGAUGAAGGACGAGACGGCAACAUUAACGCCCUUUUCAGCUCCCUCGCACCGUUCGUGCCCAUCCCACAUCACCUUAGCAACAGGCUGCAAAGCUCCUGGUCGUCCUGAAGGAAUACACAGCCCUUGUGGAGGCUCUUCCUCCUUCCCAGACCGCCAGGCUCGUAGCACCUCUCCUCAGCAACCGCCUCUCAUCGAGUCACGUCCUGCGACCACCGUGUCCCCGGCCUCGGGAGCACCUGCCCGUGUCCAUUCCGUAUCUCAUGCGGGUCCUGGAGAAGCCGGCCCUUCGGUCUAUUCGUUGCCAUCUGGUACCAGGUUCUCGUCGUCUUCUGUGAAAGUUGCGUCUCUCUUAUCUGGCACGUCGCAGCUCGUUCCCACUUCUGUACCAGGUGGCCAAUGCCGUGAACCUGUCCUGCUCAAAGGACCCGGUGGCAUCGAGAUUAUGAUACGCUGUCGGUGCUUCAAGCCACAGGCUUCUUCCUUUUCCACGGGAUCACACAAUGGCCCAGACGCUAGGACUAAUUGCCGACCACACCUCCCGUGUACGGUAGUCUAUGAAGCCUUGAGGAUUCUUCAGUUCUACGGCUUCCAACAAUGCGCACUUCUGUCAUCUCUGAUACCUCCAUCUUCUUAUUCGAAGGGAUGUGGCGGCCUCGAGCAGGUCCUGCUCAAACUCAAUUUGCAGGUGCUCCGUGCUGAGACUCCUGCGUCGUCGGAUGCGAUUGUGUCAUCUGAGGCACCAAAAGAAGCGCGAACUGCAGCGAUACAUCCAGUCGUUUCUAAAAAAAAAGAGGUGCCAGCGCCUGACAGUCAAAUGUCGUCAGCCUGUGCAAAAAGUGAAGAGGACGGGAAGCAGACGGCUGCCACGCAAAACGCGGAGGCGGAGGGACUGCCUGCAGAUGAUAUCUGCUCAGAGUUGUGUGGACACUCGGAAAAGGAGUGCGGCCUUGCGCCCAGGCCGAUCCCAGGUGCCUGCUUGAGUUUGGCCUCAAAGCGAGACCUGUCGGAGUGUGGAAAAGAUGACCUUAGGGAUGGGAUGGACGCGCAACAACUAAAGCCGGACGUGCAGGAAAGCGAGAAAACACAGGUCGGAAUUAGUGGUGCGUUUGGCAGAAUGCUCCAAUCUUUAGGCUACCCGCAAGGCUCAGCCGACCUAACCAUGGUGUACCUCGCCGCAGCAGGAAUCUUGGGCCCCAAAGCAGAUGGACCUAUCAGUGGAAAUGAAGCUUGUCUUCCCGCUUCAUCCGACUCGGAUCAACACAAGGUUUUGACGCAUGCCGCAAACCCGCCUGUGUCGUCCAAUGGAGGCACAAACAAGUAUACCUGUCCGCAUUCGGCACCUGCGAUACAAGGAAGCGAUCAGGGUAAAUUGAAGCCGCUGGUGUCUUCGAAUGCUAAGCUACCGCACGUUUUACCUAGUUCGGCACAAAUGUCUUCCCCAAUUCAAUCGUUACAUGCAAAUCCACUUCGAUCCAAUGCUCAUCAGGCUUCCUAUCAGAGCGGAGACCUGAACAAUCUAUGGCCGCCUGUCGAUAGCAGCGAAGUGACGACAGCUUCGAUGGUCGACUCAGGCCCAACGGCGUCAAGUGACAGCUGUAUACCACCUAAAGGCACAAGCGAAAGAGCAAGUCCGAGCAUACCUGGGGGAUCAGAAGUCUCUCACACCUCUCCCAAUGAUUCGGACCACGCAUCUCGCUAUCGCCUUGCCGCCGUCGCGGCCGCGGCUCUUGCAGCGGCAGUGGCCCGCAAGCAACGGCGGGAGGCGUCCGAUUGCCAGGCAGCCGAGACAGGGCAGCAUGCGUUUUGUGUUGCUUCUCAACAACGGAGCGUGGAGGAGCGCGUCUAUCAGCAGAACCAAGUGACGCGCUUCCCUCCUGGAAAGCGUGUUCUAGGUGGCCGACCUCAGGAAAAAAAAGCAGAGCAGAAAAGCCAACGAGGAAGCGACAGCAGGUCGAACCCUUUGCUUCAGUGUUGGCUUCUUAAGGGCCACGAGAAGGCAUCCUUUCCGUCUUCAGGUCAUCCCUCUCAGGGCCAUACAAUGCUCGGAGGGAGCCAAAGAAGCCCAGAGGGAGCAGGAACCCCAGAGGUAUUCAAGUGUCAAAACGGCGAAGACAGGGGACAGUCUUUUUCGACUGAUCAAAUGGAGGGUCAGGCGACCACGCAAAGCCGACGCAUUCAACAGUGCCACACCGAGCAACCCCCGUUUGUGUCCGGAAGGGAUAAGCGUCUCCUGAAGCAGCAAGAAAGCCAGGAGGAGUGGAGCUCGUCGACUUCUUGGGUCAAUAGACGGUUCGGUGGUGGUCGUCGAAUACCGCGAAUGGUAACCGUUUCUGAAGAAGAAAACCAAAGUCCUGUGGCCUCCGACGUUGUCCGCAGCGGACCGCAGUGUGCCGGGCAUCCCAUUGAACGAAACGAAUUAGAAACAUUCAAGGAAAAGAUGCUAACUGCAAGAAGCGAAAAGAGGUGA